AUGGCUUCAUGUUCUUCUCAGAAUUCUCAAGCACCGAGAUCAUUACAAGAGACACUUCUUUGCGAAACACUUAACAGAAAGAAACUUGAAAUAAAUAAUGUUGAUGAAGGAAUAAGUUUGAUUAUGGAAAGACUGCGAUCAAAAAGUGUUCUUAUUGUUCUUGAUGACAUAGAUGAUACUAGUCAACUAGAAUCGUUAGCAGGACAACGGAAUUGGUUUGGUUCAGGAAGCACAAUUAUAAUAACAACUAGAGAUGUUGAGUUGUUGAGUGACCUCGAAGCGCACGAGAAGUACAUGGUAGAAACUUUAAGCUUUGAUGAAUCCUUGCAACUCUUGAGUUGGCAUGCUUUUGGUGUUCCUAUGCCAUUAGAGGAGUAUAUUGAAUUAUUCGAAAGGAUAGCAAGUUAUACUGAUGGACUUCCACUAGCACUUACAAUUAUAGGUUCUCAUUUGCGUGGCAAAUCAGUGUAA